AUGGAUAUUGUAUUAAGAGGAGAAAGUCAUGGUGAAAAUGGCUUUCAAAUUUAUGGUUGUGAUGUUAUGAACCAUGCUUUGACAUCCACAGACACAGAUCAAUUCCUAUGUGGCCACUUCCUUCAUCAUCAACAACAACAACAGACAAAGAACAAUGAUGCAUGUGGUUUUUCUGAGGAGGCUUUUAAGUGGACAAACAUCAACCAAAACCUUACACUGUGUCUGGAUGAUAUGCAAUGUAAGAACACAAAAGUGGUGGGAAGGAGAAGGAAGAAACAAUCUUCUGUGUCUUGGAUCAAAGGACAGUGGAAUAAGGAAGAGGACAGGAAACUGAUGAGGUUGGUGAAACAACAUGGUGAUAAAAAGUGGGCUGAAAUAGCUGAGAAGUUGGAGGGAAGAGUUGGCAAACAAUGUCGAGAAAGAUGGAACAAUCAUUUGCGUCCUGAUAUUAAGAAAGAUAGCUGGAGCGAAGAAGAAGAAAGAAUACUGGUAGACAUGCAUAGGAGGCUUGGAAAUCGUUGGUGCGAGAUGGCGAAAUGCCUUCCAGGAAGAUCAGAGAAUGCCAUAAAGAACCACUGGAAUGCGACGAAAAGGAGACAGAAUUCAAAGAGAAAGCACAAGAAAACAAAGACCUCUAAUGGAAAACCUCAUUCCUCCAUACUCGAAGACUACAUCAGAAGCAGCAAGACCAUCAUCACCACAAACUCUACACCUCUUACUGCCCCAACACCCUCACAGGACAACAAUGCACACAACCCUUUCAACCAUCUCUUCUAUCAACCUUUUCCUAACGAACCACUCUUCAUGCAACAAAUUUUCACGGAGAAUGUCGAAGCCUCUAAGCAGUCUAAGAUGUCUCCAACCUCAUAUUUGGAUCACUGGAACAUGAUGAAUGUUGAUGAUGUUGAUGAGAGUGAGGUUGUGUAUUCUCUGCAAUACCCAGAUAAUAUGCACUUCAAUGAUAGUUUCUUCCCCAGAGAGACCCAUCCCCCAGCUACUUACCUUCCUUCGGAUUUUUAUGUCUCUCCCUUGUUCAACGUAGCAUCUGGGUAUGGAAAUCAGAAUCUCAACAUGGAUUUUCGGCAUCAAGGUGCCUCACAAGUAAAAGGAGAGGAGAUCUGGUAG